ACAACAAAGGUGCUUCUCAUUUUGCCUCUCUAGAAAUUUCCACUCAUUCAGCCAGAGAUGUCUGUGAAGCACGAUUGGUAUCAGUCUGAGACGAGUGUGGUGGUCACGGUGCUCCUCAAGAAUGCCGCCGAGAAGAACUACAGCGUCAACAUUGCCGCGGAAUCGCUGGACGUCACGGCGGAUGGAUACAGUUUGCACCUGGACCUGCUGAGGCCCAUCAAUCCCGAUCAGUCGCAUCACAAAGCCACCGCCAGCAAGAUUGAGAUCACGCUGAAGAAGACCACCGGCGAGAGAUGGGACAACUUGCAGCGGAAGCUGCAAGAGGAAAAGCCCGUCGAGGCGAAAACAAAGCCAAACUGGGACAAGUUUUGCAAGGAAGUCGAGCUCAAGGACGCCGCCGAGGCGAAGGGCGAGGAAGGCCUGCAGAACCUCUUCCAGAAGAUCUACGGCGACAGCAGUGACGAGGUGCGGAAGGCCAUGAAUAAGUCCUUCUCGGAGUCCGGAGGCACCGUUUUGAGCACCAACUGGGCUGAAGUCGGCUCCAAGAAGGUGGACGUGAAGCCUCCGGAUGGCACGGAGUUCAAGGAAUGGGAGUAAAAGCAACUUUUCACCCUUCUGAGAUGCACAACACCCGAAUUAAUGUUCUUUUCGCAAUGGAAAAAUUCUAGUUUAACCGUUUUAAUACGUAUCGUUCAUCAAUACUCGACAUCUAUCCUGAUUUUGAAUUCAUUUUCGCAUUUUGUGGCCUUGUUUCUGAUUCAAUAAAGAACAAUG